AUGGAUUCGUUGAAACUUCCCACAAACGCAGCUCAAGCUAAGAAAUUCACAGCACCAAACUCGAUACUAUUCCCCAAAGGGAUUGACGCAAAUUCCGACGAGUCUGCCGAUUUCAACGGUGAGCCAGGCGCUUCUGAGUUGAAAAAAGAAGCUAGUUCGGAUGUGCUUGAGCCAAAACAGGAAGAAGACGAUGGUGCUACUUCAGGUAUUGUACCGACUUUACAGAAUAUAGUUGCCACUGUCAAUUUGGACUGCCGGUUGGAUCUCAAAACGAUUGCUUUGCAUGCUCGUAACGCCGAAUAUAACCCUAAGCGGUUUGCUGCGGUGAUUAUGAGAAUCAGAGACCCAAAAACAACAGCCUUGAUUUUUGCUAGUGGUAAAAUGGUUGUUACCGGUGCCAAAUCAGAAGAUGAUUCCAAGUUGGCCUCGAGAAAAUACGCCCGUAUUAUACAAAAGUUGGGAUUCAAUGCCAAAUUCACCGAUUUCAAAAUACAGAAUAUUGUUGGUUCUUGUGAUGUCAAAUUCCCCAUCAGGUUGGAAGGCUUGGCAUUUUCCCACGGUACUUUCUCUUCUUAUGAACCUGAAUUGUUCCCAGGUUUGAUCUAUAGAAUGGUGAAGCCCAAGAUUGUGCUUUUGAUUUUUGUUUCGGGGAAAAUUGUCUUGACAGGAGCAAAACAGAGAGAGGAGAUAUAUGCGGCUUUCGAAGCUAUAUACCCGGUCUUGAGUGAAUUUCGAAAGUCCUAG